AUGACUAUCCUUGGAUGUUCAGUUAUCAAGCCAGUAAGACCGCACCUGGGCCCUGGAUAUGACGACGUUUCUUUUGAGACUCACUCAAUACACCUAGUAUAUUCCCCCCCGGAGGGCACGGAACUGUCGGGUAUCUACGAGGUCGGAUCAGAAGAGCAUGAUAGGUGGAAUGGCACCCCUGAUGACAGACUCCCACCACUAGCAGCUGGUCCAUGGGGAAGCAUGACUUGCACUAUCCCACCCAAAGCCUUCCUCAUCCACCCUAGCUGUUGGUCACUGUUGAAAAGACAUUUCGCAAAUGAGAUCAACCUUGACAGGUUGUUCGAAGUAUGCAGAUUCAGACCAGCUUCCAGAACAGCGGAAUACAUGGGCUUGUUGGAUCAAUUCUCGGACUUCUACCACAAUCUCCAGCAUCCACUCCAAAGACCGACAAUCCGGGGUAUUGGGGAUGCCUCGAAGCAAAUUGCGAAAAUCCAACGUUUGGACAUCAGCAAAGCCAAACAUAUCCCCCCUGGCGCUGAUUGUUUCGGUAUACUGCCAAUGGAGGUCCGACUCGAGAUUGCGGCCUACCUUCCUACUGUUGAUUUCCUCAAUCUUCGAACUGUAUCCCGAAUGAUGGCAACUAUUUUCUCACUACAAUCUUUCUGGAAGACACGGUUUCGUAUUAACGGAGACCGGGGGUAUUUGGCGGUUUUCACAGAAAAUCCCUCCCAACGCAAAAAUUGGCGAUCAAUCUACCACUGCACAGCAACAAAUGAAAAAUUGUAUCACCACCAUUGGUCGAUGCGUCGGCAGUGGAGGAAUGAUCUUUGGCCAAGGGACAGAUAUUCUAUGACAAAAACCCCGAGCGGUCAAACUGGGCCCGAGAGGGAUUUGCCCGAGGUAGCCUGGAUGGUAGCUGCAGCUGAGGUUCGCUGCGAGAGGGUGAUGAAAAAUAGGCUACCGCGAGAGAAUCCCGCUCCAUGCAUGUGUGAUCGACAAGACCCAAUUCCCAUGUUGCACAUCGACUUGUUGCCAGGUCAUAUAGCACUGACUGCGUUCAUUUUGACCGAAGGGACUACGGCAGGCACAACGACUCACAUCAUCGGCUUUGAUCUAAUCAGUGCAGAUGGGGGGAACAUGACCCUUGGGUAUCGGCUACCUGGAAGUCAAGUGACGGUUGACCUUUGCAAUCGAAGCCUGCGGGGAUUCAAAGUAGUCGCCGAUGAUCGUGGAAUUCGUGCAUUACGCCCAGUCUUCAAUGGCGAAACCGUCAGUUGGAUAGGUGACCCACAGCAGGAUCGGACGACCAACUUGAUCAAAAUCGCUUUAGAGCAUGAGGUCAAGCACAUUGCUGCAAAAUUCGACGUGAGUCCUUUUCGUUUUGCCGGGGAAUUAAUUGACUGA